AUGGCUUCCAAUAUGCCUCUUCCUAUCCCUCCACGUACUCCCACUCCGCCGGCGGACGACACCCACAAUCAUGAUACAUACAACACCCCGGGAAUACUCGUUGAUCGCGACGCCUUGUCGCCACUACGGGAUACAUUUCCCAAGAGUGCGUCACUAGACCCAGUGAAUCAAGACCUUCUCAGCCCUGAAAAGGCCUCCUUUAACAUGAACAAUGGGUCGAUUUCCACGGCGGGUUCUGUACAAAAUGUAUCAAUCGAUUCAGCUGCCGCGGGACCUUUCAAUUUCAAUACCACCGUGAUGGCAAAGAGCCCAGUGGUCAAAUCGAAUAUUGGACAACGUCGUGGCCAUAAAUACAAGCACAGUAGCAUUUCACACCAAAUCUUUCUUGAACCUCCCCCUCGCGCGCCUUUGGCUCUUCCCAACUCCCUGCCGAUCCCCACAUUCAAAGAAUGCCGGACAAGCAUGUCGAAAGAUCAAAAAACUCGAUUUUGGUGGAGUGUGUGCCAUAUGUUUGUUGCUGCAUAUACACUAUGGACGGCGCAUGGAUCGCUGGCUAUGACUGCGCUAUCUCAUUUGAUAUUAUUUGAUUCAUUGGGAGCUCUUGUAUGCGUUGCAGUGGAUGUAUUGGGAAAUUUUGAAGUUUGGAAGAGGUCCAGUAUCCGUCAUCCAUUUGGUUUGGAGCGGGCAGAGGUACUCGCUGGCUUCGCCAUGUGUGUAUUGCUUCUUUUCAUGGGCCUUGACCUCAUUUCACACAACCUGCAGCAUUUCCUGGAGAAAGCCGGCCAUGAGCCCCACCAUACACAUCCCCAUGAACGUGUUUCUUUGGGCAGCGUUGAUGUAACUGCGGCCCUGGCUAUUUCCUCCACUCUCGUCUCUGCAAUUGGACUGAAGAAUCAUGCGCGAAUUGGCAGAGCCAUGCGUUUUGCAUAUAUCGACUCUCUUCCUUCCGUUCUCAGCAACCCAUCCCACUUCCUGACCCUCUCGUGCUCUGCCCUCCUGCUCUUGCUCCCUUUGGUAUCUAUUCGUAUCUAUGACUGGCUUGAUAAGUUCCUCUCGGGUACUAUUGCCAUAUCGAUGUGUGUUCUCGGAGUCCGCCUAGUGAAAACACUCGGCUCUAUGCUUCUUAUGUCCUACUCGGGGCCCGGCGUUUCUGAAGUAAUCAAGGAUAUUGAAGCAGAACCCUCGGUGUUUGGUGUUGAUGAUGCUCGGUCCACUAUGGUUUGUGCAUGGCAAACCUCAAGCUACGCGUUCUCAGGUACUGAGGAUAAUACCUCUCGACUGCGGGAGAAGAUAUCUAGCCUCAUUCGGAACCGACUAGGUGGAGGUUAUGGCACAGGAGGACAGAAGUGGGAGGUUUCCCUCCAGUUCACCAUUGAACGUCCUUGA